CAACUUCUCCAAACCACAACCCCGCAAAACCCAGUCUGGUCCGCUUGCCUUAGACUUGUUCCGCAUCGCCAUCACACGACACAAGGUUUCAUAAUUUAUCGUCUGUCAAAAUGGCAGGCAACGCUGGUUAUGACAGGCACAUCACCAUCUUCUCGGAACAGGGAAGAUUGUUCCAAGUCGAAUAUGCUUUCAAGGCGAUCACAGCGGCAAACAUCAUGUCGAUUGGUGUGCGGGGUAAGGACUGCGCUGUAGUCCUGUCCCAGAAGAAGGUGCCGGAUAAACUCAUCGACCCCUCCUCGGUUUCGCACAUCUUCCAGAUCUCCCCGUCGGUCGGCUGCGUCAUGACGGGCUCGAUUGCCGAUGCUCGCGCAUUCUCGCAGCGCGCGCAGUCAGAAGCCGCGGACUUCAAGUACAAGUUUGGUUACGAGAUGCCCUGCGACGCCUUGGCCAAGCGGUUGGCCAACAUUAGCCAAGUGUACACGCAGCGGGCGUACAUGCGGCCGUACGGUGUUGCGACGACGCUGAUAUCGCUCGACUCCGAGGUAGGGCCCCAACUGUUCAAGUGUGAUCCUGCCGGGUACUACAUCGGGUACAAGGGCACUUCCGCGGGCCCCAAGCAGCAAGAGGCGCUCAAUCAUCUUGAGAAGAAGCUCAAGAACAAGGACCACGCCCCUGGGGACUGGAAGGAGGUUGUGGAGCUCGCCAUCACCACUCUCAGCACCGUCCUCAGCAUGGACUUCAAGAAGACCGAGAUCGAAAUUGGCAUCGUCGGAGGGCCGCGCGCUGACGGAAAGGAAGGGACGUCCCCGGGCUUCAGGCGGCUGACUGAGGAUGAGAUCGACGAGAGGUUACAGGCGAUUGCUGAGAAGGACUGAGACGACGCGGGAGAACACUACCGGGUUCGCAGCCAAUAUGCUCCCGGAAGCCGGUGCGAUCUUCGUUGUGGAGGCCAACCCUGGAUGUGCUAGGCGGAGUGGGAUAUCGCAUUGGUGAGGUUGAUAUCCCCGAAUACCACGUUACUUAUUCCUCGUCCAGCCAUGACAC